AUGGCCGACACCACCACCACCCCACCGCACCAGCAAGCCCUCGCCAGACUCCAGCCCCUACAGCCCGUCCUCUGGGGCUUCGCGCACCGCAACCGCAACCAGCACCGGUACGGCUUCUGGUGGGGCGCCUUCGGGAUGCUGCGGCGGAGCACGGACAAGCUGGUUGACGAUCUGCUCUCCUCCCUGCCACCGUCGUCUCGUUCUUCGGUCGCCGCCAAUGAUAGAUCAAGUGCCAAGGCCAAGGUCGGCAAGAAGCGGAAACGCGCCGCCGAGGACGGGACUGGGAAAGCCCGAAAGGGGAACGGGGGAGACGGAGGAGCGUCCGAGGCGGCAACGGACAGGCGCGCAAGCUGGCUGCUAGACGUGCUGGUGCCGCGGUGUUACGCCGCCUUCUCCCAGCUAACAGCAGACAACCAAUUCGCGCCCCUAGGCGUCGUGCUGCUGGCCGCGCUGGCGCAGGUGCGCGCCGCGUGCGUGUGUCUAGUCGGCGAGACCCCAACACCAACCCCACCUCCACAGGAAGACGGCAGGCCUUCCGCAGCGGCCUGCUCCUCCUCCUCCUCCUCCGCCUCAGCAGACGUAUCCAAGAAGAGCCGCGAGGGCGCGAAAGCGUCCACGCACUCUGCUGGCGUCACAGGAGUAGGUAUGGGAGAAGGAGCUGCUGCGCACAGCACAGGAGGAGCCGGAGGCGGCGCGGCGAUCUCGCGCGAGGACGUCGCCCAGGCCGAGAAGCUGCUGCGGCGGAAUAGGGAGAAGGAGACGCCGAAAGACCAGGCGGGGGCAGAAGAGCUCUGCCCACUGCCAGCUGAGGUGCGGUCUCGAUCGAAAGGGAUCAAGUCAAGGAAGGAUGGGGAAUUCGCUGGUGAGAGCGGUGAGGCAUCGUCGAGGAAGAAGGAGUGGAAGGCUGCCCGCACAAAGCCUGAUGCGAAGGGGAACUCGGAUGAGGAGGCGAGGCCGGCUAAGAAGAAGAAAAAGAAGGCUAAGAAGGGCGAUGAGUUCGAUGAUCUGUUCAAGGGCCUGUUCUGA